AUGUCGAGUAAAGUGUGGAAUACUGAAAUGUGGAAAGCGUGGGAUAAACAUGGAAGAAAUGACUUCCUGAAGCUAAUCAAACUGAAAUACAAGGAAGACGACACAGCAGAAUGGCGACGAGGACUGUACGAAUUAAUAUCAAAUGGUGUUCGUGGAAACGUAAAAAAGGACAGUGUUGUGGCCACGUUAGGUGAACUUGUGAAUAUGGAUGGAGCGGUACCAUCAGCUAUUGUAGAUAUAUUUACAUUAAUUGACGUGGAAGCUCACAAUGAUGAAAGAAAUAAUUUUUAUUAUAUCGUUAAGGAAUCCGAAAAGUUCUUAACAGACAGAAUACUGAAAGAACGUUUAGAGAUAGACACCCUGCAAGAUGUAGGAACAUUAAAGAACCGCAACUUCCAGACAAAAUUCAUCAAAGUUAAAACAAAACUUUAUUACAAACAACGGAAGUUCAAUUUGUUCCGCGAGGAAAGCGAAGGAUACUCGAAACUGAUAGUCGAAUUGAAUCAAGAGCGCCCUGCAAAUGAGGUGGCCCCCACCUUAGAAAUUGUUAAAUCAUUAAUAGGGUACUUCAAUCUUGAUCCGAACAGAGUUCUCGAUAUCCUGCUGGAGACUUUCGAAAAUCGUCCUGAUGACGAUGCACUUUUCAUUCCGUUGAUCCGGUCGUACAUGAGCGAUCAGCAUGUAUUGUGCGAGGUGUUAGGAUUCAAGUACCGAUGCACGGCAGCAUUGACGCCUUUUUCUCUGCAGAGAGUUACGGCUCUCAUGUUGCAACACCAUGUUAUUAAUUUGGACGACAUUUUGCCAUGGUUAGUCCCUGACGAUAAGACUAUAAUUAAGGAUCAUGAGCAAGCGAUGAAAGAUGCGAGAGAGUAUGUCAGAAAGAUGAGUGUAAUAUCAACAAAAGACAAAGAAGAGGUACUCGAAGAGAAAGAAAAUUUACAGGAAAAGUAUUCGACCAAUCAGAAGUAUGGCCUCUGCGAAGCUCUAUUAGAAAUCGGUGCCUGGGAGAUAGCCCAAAGUCUAUUCAACCGAUUACCAGAUCAUUGUUUAAUUGAUCAACGGCCGAUAGCAUUAGCGCUUUGUAAAAUGAUUCAGGCUCUCAUCGAGCCUGUGUACAGGAAGUAUUGCAUUAUAUCUCCAAAAUUACCGGGAAGGAAGGUUCCACCUUUAAAGAGUCCUUUAGCCCCUAAACCAAUUGAAAAUUUGGAGGAAAUUCAUGUUAGAUUAUUGCCGAUGCUGGUCAUCCUUGGGCCAAACUUGCACAACGAUCCAAUUUUAAUGUAUAAAAUCAUGCGUCUUUGUCACGCUAUUACGAAACAGGGUACAUUAGACUCAAACAAACAGCCAGUUAACAAAAGCAGUACCCUUUAUUACGACGUCCUCACUAUUUUGGACGUAGCUCUUUUACCAUCUUUGUCGUUUAUGGAUUGCAACUGUUGCGUGGCAGAGGAGGUGUGGAAUAUUUUGAAACAUUAUCCAUAUCAGAAUCGUUAUUGUCUUUACGCAAGAUGGAAGAACGAUACUCCGCUACAACACGCCGCUCUUCUGAAAAAAAGAGCCGAUGCUCAAAAACGAAUUAAAUCAAUUAUGAAGCGCGUUAGUAAAGAAACGAUCAAGCCCGUUGGAAGGUCCAUCGGGAAGUUGACGCAUUCGUCCCCCGGCGUUUUGUUUGACUACGUACUAAUACAAAUUCAAUUGUACGAUAACCUCAUAGGCCCUGUCGUCGACUCAUUAAAAUAUUUGACUAACCUUUCGUACGAUGUGCUUGGUUAUUGUCUAGUGGAAGCAUUAGCUGGAGCCGAUAGGGAUAGAUUUAAGCAUGACGGAACCAGCAUUUCUCUUUGGCUCCAGUCGCUAGCCUCCUUCUGUGGGGCGAUUUUUAAAAAAUAUAAUAUCGAACUUACUGGACUACUGCAGUACGUAGCUAAUCAACUUAAAGCACAAAAGAGCUUAGAUUUGUUAAUAUUGAAAGAAAUUGUACAAAAAAUGGCUGGCAUCGAAGCCGCUGAGGAAAUGACCACCGAUCAAUUAGAUGCAAUGGCUGGAGGAGAUCUUCUCAAGAAUGAGGCCGGGUACUUUAGUCAAGUUCGUAACACGAAGAAAUCUUCACAAAGGCUAAAGGAAGCUCUCUCUGAACAUGAUUUGGCAGUAGCUCUUUGUUUACUCAUGGCACAACAAAAACAUUGCGUCGUCUAUAGAGAAACUGAUAAGUCUCAUCUAAAACUUGUCGGCAAACUGUACGACCAGUGUCAAGAUACGCUGGUCCAAUUUGGGACCUUUUUGGGUUCUACGUUGACAGUGGACGAGUAUGUGGAUCGAUUGCCUACGAUAGAUUCAAUGUUGCAGGACAAUCAUAUACAUUCUGACGUUGCAUUUUUCCUAGCGAGACCAAUGUUUGCUCAUAACAUCAAUAGAAAGUAUGAUGCCUUGCGUAAGGCUGAUCCAAAUUACAAGAAAAUGUCAACCGCAGCGAAGCAAGCAAUGUAUGCCGAGGCUGCACAAACUGUUAUGGCUCCGGUAGCUCUAUCGGUCAGACCUCUGCAUCCUCUGAAAGUGUGGGAAGAUAUUUCACCACAAUUCCUGGUGACAUUCUGGUCGCUGUCGAUGUACGACCUGUACGUUCCCGUUGACAGCUAUCAACGAGAAGUUAACAAGCUUAAACAAUUAGCCAAUCAAGCCGCCGACACAAAGGACAUAAACAUUUCCAAAGGGAAGAAGGAACAGGAAAGGUAUACAACUUUGAUCGAGAAGCUUCAAGAUGAAAAGAAAAAGCAGGAAGAACACGUUGAAAAAGUGUUUGCUUAUUUAAGACAAGAAAAGGAUUCUUGGUUUUUAUCCAGAAGUGCGAAGUCCGCGAAAAAUGAGACGAUCACUCAGUUUCUGCAGUUGUGCUUGUUCCCACGGUGUACUUUUACAACGGUCGAUGCGAUGUACUGCGCCAAAUUUGUACAUACGAUUCACUCCCUGAAGACUGCGAAUUUUUCAACGUUGCUGUGCUAUGACAGACUCUUCUGUGAUAUUACUUACUCGGUCACAUCCUGUACCGAAAACGAAGCGAAUCGUUACGGCAGAUUCUUGUGUGCCAUGUUGGAGACGGUUAUGAGGUGGCACUCCGAGAAAGCUAUAUUCGACAAGGAAUGCAGCAAUUACCCAGGCUUCGUUACGAAGUUCCGCGUGAGCAACCAGUUCUCGGAGGCAAACGACAUGGUUGGCUUCGAGAAUUACCGACAUGUCUGUCAUAAGUGGCACUACAAAAUCACGAAGGCUAUCGUCGUCUGCUUGGACUCCAAGGACUAUGUGCAGAUCAGAAAUUCCCUGAUAAUCCUCAUCAAGAUUUUGCCACAUUUUCCCGUACUUGCGAAACUGUCGCAAAUCCUCGAGAGAAAGGUGGAGAAGGUUCGCGAGGCGGAGCGUGGACAACGGCAAGACUUACACGUAUUGGCGACUUCUUACAGUGGACAGUUAAAAGCCAAGACGCCCAGCAUGAUUCGGGAGUCAGAUUUUCAUCACGUGGGUGAUAAGGCUGCCAAGGCGCAGGAGAACGUAACUACCGAGCCUGCGGAAAAAGUUAGCAAUGGAGUAGUGCCGAAAGAAGUCAAUAACGGUGAUACGCGAAGUGAUAAGGACAAGGAAGUAAGGGAAAAACGUAGCGCCCCGAACCAAACCCACCACGAAACCUCCGAGAAACUUAGAAAAAAGGAGGACGUUAAAGAACCCGUAGACUCGAAGGAGAAGUAUGUUAAAAAAGAUGAGGUCAAGGAGGAGGAUGGAACCGACAAGAAGGAUAGAAAAUAUUACAAGGAAGAGCAUUAUUAUGCCGGUACCGUGGACAACCUGGAUCGAGAUUUAUCGAGUGUGUCCAAUAGUAGUGCUAGUUCUGGGACACAGCAGGACGGUCCCGAUAGGAAUAUAGACGUCAAACGAAGGAAGGUGGAAAACGUUCAGAAGCAGGAGACAAGAAGAACCGAUGUAGUAAUCGACAAGAAGGACCGAUCCGGAAAGACGAAAAUACGGGAUGAGCAGAAGGAACUUCGAAGAGAAAAGAAGCUGGGCCGCAAAAGGGUAAAUGAUCGAACGGAGGAGUCGGUGGUCCCAACGGAGCAAAAACGAAGAAAAGACGAGGACAGGGCGAAAGGUGCGCAUCAAAACGGAGACAUGCCCGAACACAGAGAGAAACAUCAUUACAGUAAGGAAAAGUCGCCAUACACAAAGGAGCGUACACACGAACGCGAAGGACGCGAAAGCCGAGACAAACAUAGAAGAAGUUCGGAUCCGAAACGGAGAUGAUGUAAAACGAUGGAAGGAUUAUGACUUACAUUUUAUAUCCUAUGUUUGAAUGUUGUAUGUAAUUAAGAUAGAUUUCAAAAUAAUAAAGAUCAAUAGUAAGUAA